AUGCGAAUAGCCUUCAUCUACUUGGACGAAGGAUUGUUGGAUGGCAACGAAGUCUUUGCCGUCGUUGAUCAAGUCCACACGCGGGGUUGGUCAUUCGGUCAGGGAGUUUUUAGCACACUGGACAUAUUCUAUCUGGCCCAGAUAGCAGCCGGUAUAUAUCCCUCUUUUUACCAAGUAAACGACGACUUGCCCUUGACAAACGGCUUUGACUCGUUCUACGCCGAGCGGCGUCAGCUGCUCAACCAGGAGGCGUGGAGGAAGCAAUACUCAGCGGUCUUCCUCGCCCAGCCGACCUCAGCUCGCUUCUACCGUCUCCCCGACCUGCGAGACCUACCACAUUCAAACGACCCGCUGGGUCAGCUGCGACAGCAAAAGAAGACUGACCAGUUCACCAAGCUGAUAAGAUUGUGCGUACAUGCUGGAGAACAGCCGGCCCUCCCUGACACAACCCUGACCGAGGUCAUCCUCUCCACCCUCCGGCAGACCAUCGUAACGCCAACAAAACUAUAA